AUGGGCGAAAUAGGCGAAUACUGGCGCGACGUCAAACAGAAUCGCCGAAAGCGCAAGCGCGAGGAUCCGCAACGGCGUCGAUGCUGGGACUGGAUCGUCUCGACAGGCACUAGCUGCCACUACGCCAAGAACCGGUCCAUGUUCACGACAUACCGUCGCGUGCCGCCGGGCAUCGUGGACAAGCCGAAGGUGAUUGGCAUAGGGACGGUAGAGCUUAGGGUGCCACACAGUCCCGGCGACACGCAGCCUCCGAAUGUGCUGGUCUUGAAGGACUUCCUGCACGUACCGGACGCGGUGUGCAAUGGCUUCAACCCGAUGUUCCUGGGCGGCCGCAGUCAUUUUGGCAAGGAUGUCUUGCAGACCAGGGAUGAUUCCGACCGGCCGACAUGGUACGCCACGUUUUAUCCGGGCAAGAACCUUUAUCGACUGGCCAUUGCCGGAAUCCGCAGGGAGAGACGUAUCUUGAAAAGAAAAGUUACUGCGUUGAAGCGUAUAAACAGGUCGACGGAGUCGUGA